AUGGCGGCUAAGCGUGUUUGUAUUGCGGAAAUUUUAUGGUUUUUGUUAAAUAAUCAAGAAAAUUUAAAUGACGAGGGUUUUAAAUUGGAAGUUGUAGAAUUCUAUACUAAUGAUGAAAUACUUAAUGGCAAAAAAAUUUUAUUAACUGAAAUAGAAGGUUUAAAAAAAGAUAAAAUUAAGUUAAUGGCUCGUGGUAAUACCAAAUAUGAUAAAGUUAGUGAACUUUUGGAACUUAUUAAAUUAUGUUUUGAUAAUAAUUUGAUGGACCUGUUACCUACAUUUACAAUAUAUAAUAUAUACCGAAUACCUUUAAGACUAGCGAGAGAUAAUAGCAAAAAUAUUAAUGAUAAUUUAAUAAAAUUAAAUGAUAAAAUAGAGAAAAAUAAACAAUUGAUUGUGCAAUUAGCUAAACAAUUGAAUAAUAGAAGCGAUAGUGCACGAACGUGUAACACAUGUGAACAACAAAGCAAUAACGGUAAAAGUCGUUUGCAACGUAUUGAAAGUGUAAACAGCGCAAGCCUUCUUUCAGGUGAUAAUGUUGACAACUGCGCUAGUAAAAAAUCUUGGGCCGACAGAACCGCUAAACGCUACACGUCGCAAAGUGAGUCGUGUGAUGAAAUUAUCGGCGACGAUGGUUUUCAAGUGGUGAGAAGUAAGAAACGAAAAAAAUCGUCAACCUCUCCACAACUGGCAUCCCCAAAACCUGCGUCAAAACCAACUUCAAAACAAAUGAAAACCUACGGUACUGGCAUCAGCUGUCCAUUGAAAGCGUCGAAAAUAAUAGAGGAAAAAAUUCCCUAUUAUAUCAGAAAUGUCAGUACAUGCAACAAAAAUAUAAUUGAGGACCAUCUGAAACAAAACAACAUAGCUUUUCUACAAUGCUUUCCUGUACUCCGUAAGAAAAAUCCGGAUGAUCCUCUGGUAGAGAAAAAUCAAACUACGGAAUCGACGGCUUUCAAAAUUAUAAUACCUUUGAAUGAACGUGAGAAACUGGUUAAUCCUGACAUAUGGCCCAUGCACACGUUCUUGCGCGAGUGGGAUUACAACAUGUCAGCAAGUAAGAAGAAAGAUGGAAACUUUCGGCCAACAACAAUCAACAUCAAUCAUGGAGGCAACAGCUGA